AUGACUGUAUUAUUGCCCCUUCAUGUCAAAAAACUCGGUGUCCUUGAAAAGAGACAAACAAGCUUCAUAGAGCAAGCUGUCAAUCUGGCAAUUCAGCAGCAAACAAACUUGGUUAUCAGUAUCUCGUGUGAUGAAGUCAAGGCGCAUGUGGAUUGUAUCGAUGCUAUCUGGGAGCAAAUACAAGCAUUUCUAGGCACCAUCUAUGUCAUCCAGCUCAACACAUCCUACAAGCAGAACGAACCAUUAUUUGACUGCAAUGUUGUCUUUGCUGAUAUCUGUGGAUACAAUGUGUAUCGUGAACCCUACAUGAAGACUGUCUGUGUCUCGUCUGAAGAUACUCGAGAUAUCCAACAACAGUAUCCAUCCUUACAAACACAUGUGCUGACCAGUGAUGAUCAAACUGAACAACCAGCAUUGGAAGGUAACACAGGACCUAUUGAACCUCUGGUAUUUCAACGUGUUGCUGUCGGCGGCACAUUUGAUCAUCUUCAUGCUGGCCAUAAAAUCCUGUUGACAAUGACAGCCAUCUUGGCAAAUCAAAGCAUGGUAGUAGGUGUUACAGAUGACUGUAUGCUGUUGAAAAAGAAACACCGUGAUUUGAUUGCAUCGACACAGCAGCGAGUGGAGUAUGUCAAGGCCUACUUGCAGCUUGUCAAGAGAAGCAUCACAUACCACGUUGUGCCCAUCACAGAUCCAUUUGGUCCUACUGUAACAGACCCCACCAUUGAUGCUUUGGUAGUGUCCAAAGAGACAUUGAAAGGCGGUGAUUUGGUGAAUAGCGAAAGAGAUAUGCGUGGAUACCCUCCUUUGGAACUGAGAAUUAUCGAUGUGAUCUCUUCUGAAAACGCUUCAGUUCAGGGCAAGGAUAUGGAUAUAUUAAAAAUUAGUUCUAGCUGGAUUAGAGAAUAUAUUGCAAACAAGAAGAAUGGCAAUAGUAGUGGAAAUAAAGAGUAG